AUGGUGUACGUAAUCCACCGAAUUCUACAAAAAGUACAUCAUGAAGUUCCGAGGAAGUGGAAAGGAAACUUCGGUUGUUCUAGUGGCACAAGGUCAUGCCCCUGGUACCCUGAAAAGAACCAAGCAUCAGAAGCGAGACGUCUUCAGGUGUUCGAUAGUCGUUGUCUCAGAACCAUAGCUCGUGUGGGUUGGUGUCGGCGAAUCCGUAACGAAGUAGUUGGAAAGGGCGUUUUUGGUUGUGUAACGGGUACUUCCAUUGAAGAAUGUGUCAAGCACCAGAAGCUGCUGCCUGGUCCUAUCAACCGGAAGUCGACCUCCUAUGUACACAGUGCUCUCACCUUCCUAAACAUCGCUGAAGCUAUGCUAGCAUCUACUGCUUUUGGAUGUGCAGACGAGUAG